UCCCACGUAUAUCGACGAUGAGGGGACGCUGUAGGAUGUAGAUAGAAUAAUCACUAAAACUCGUGUAGCCUAGAUCCAAUCCCAAGAAAAUCCGCAUCUGUUGGAACGAGAUAAUCACGCAUUUGUCUUGUUUUUGCGCUCUUCUGCGCAUUUGGCACCGGUUGUUAAAGUUUUAUCACAAUCGCAAACGAAAUAGCUGAUGUGUUUGCUCUGCGUGCUAUCCACAACUGCGACCGUUAAUUUUCUGUGAAUGCGUGUACUGUCAUCAUCAAUAAGCAGUUGGACCAUUCGGAAAGGAAGCGCACACAUUUCCAUUCUGCGAGCUACAGAAUAGAACAGCCUGCACAUAUUUUGUUGAGUGCGCAGUAGGGAUAGCGAUACUCCUGCAUAUGCUAUGCUGCACCUGGAAAGAAGAUUUGGAUUACCAGAUGAACUGUAGGCUAUUAACUAACCCGCGCUCGCUCCACCGGACAAAAUACGCAUUUGCCUUUUAAAUCAACUGACGCGUUGUGUGUCUCGACAAGCAGUGGGAUUUAUAAACCGAAGAUGGGUGUUUGUGGAUACUUUGUCGUGUCUUGGAAGUGCCUGGUGGUUCUGUCAUUCAGGGUACUGUUUCUUGUCCCCCCAGGUUUGCCUGUCCACAGUCAAGGGGAUUCCCAAACCGAUAAUAAAGUAAUGGACAAUAUUACCGUCAGGCAAGGCGAGACCGUCUUUCUCAGGUGCCCACAGGGGGACAUCGUCACACACACGGCCUGGCUCAACCGGUCGAGUAUACUUUAUGCCGGCGAGGACAAGUGGUCGGUGGAUCCCAGGGUGAGUCUUGUUACACUCAAUCAGGAGGAGUUCACCAUAAAGAUUGAGGACGUGGACAUGACCGACGAGGGCCCAUACAUCUGUGCGGUGCAGACGAGCAGGAGACCGAGGACGACGUCAGUGCACAUCCUCAUCCAAGUGCCCCCCACAAUCAUCAACCUGUCGAAGGGCAUCGUGGUCAACGAAGGCUCCAACGUCACGCUGAUGUGCCAAGCCAGUGGCAAACCAGAACCCUCGUUUACCUGGAAACUCCUGUCUCCCUCAGGUGACCUGGCAUCGGAGGACGAGUACCUGGACAUCCCCAGUAUCUCCAGACAGAGAGCGGGGACCUACGAGUGCACCGCCGUCAAUGACAUCGCCACAGAUGUCCAGACCGUGGAGAUCACAGUCAACUAUGCCCCCAGUGUGUCAGAGGGCAGAGACGUUGGCGUGACCCUUGGCCAGAGAGGGGUGCUGGAGUGCGAGGCGGAUGCAGUACCCGAGGCAGACUUCGAGUGGUACCGAGACGACAGAAGGAUCUUCAAUGGUUUUGACGGCAUGGAGAUCGAAGAUGCCGGGCAGCUCUCCAAGUUGACCUUCUUCAAUGUCUCUGAGGCCGACUACGGCAACUACACUUGCAUCGCCAUUAACAAACUGGGCAGCUCCAACACACGCUUUGUCCUGUAUGAGGUUAUUGAACCCACUAGCUCAACACUAUUAAGGUUCAAGUCAGCAAAACCAAUCUUGAACACCACAAACUCAUCCAAAUGUUUUGUUCCCUCUCCUCUGCCAUCCCCCUUGGCCACAACAGGACCCGGAGCAGUGCAGGAUGGGAACAGCGGCUCGAUGGGGACGCAUGUACACACCUACACCUGUCUACUUCUGGCCAUCCUUCAGUUUCUGCUCAGGUUUUGAUGCAGUAGGCUUUCUGGCUUCCGAGGCAAGGUUGCGUGGUUUGUGUGUUUUCUCUCACCCGGAACCACAAACGUGAUGCACAUGAGUGCAUGGGCUACCCUAUUACAUCAUGUCAAACCUCUAAAACGUAUUAUGUAACAUACACAUUUUUCUUUGUUAAUUUUAGGAGUUUUAAGGACAUAACAACAUUGGAUUUUUUGAGUUUUGAUUUGUUUUCGUUUCCCCUCCCAUUAUGGUAUGAUUCUCAAAUGUUUCUUUUUGGGUGUGGUUUGUCUGUUAUUUACAUUUAUUUAUUUCAGUUUCUACCGAGUGACAUAGUCAUCUUAGCCCCAAGAGUCUUAAGCGUAAAUCAUAGUCCAUUGACGUUAAGACGCAAUAGUCCGGCAUCCCAUUGUGACAUAGCUACGCGGCUCUGAGACCACCAUCCGCGGGGAAUGCACAGCCCGAAAGCGCACCUCCCAACAAUUCCCAACCAACGCCGCUCCGAUACGCGUCCUUUAUUCAUUUGAAUGUGGUAACGGUUGGAGAAAAAGCUUGAGAAUUUGAAAAGUAUGAAUGCCAAUAUUCCAGAACACUGCUGUGCGUAUGCGUACACAUUUUGGACUAUGAUAGACGCUUUAGCACCAAGAUUCUUAUCCCCAAGAGUUAAGUGUAUGAGGUGAAUGAAACAAACAUUUCAAACAGGCAGUGAAGCAGAUGGACUGAAAUCACUCUAGGACCUAAAAGCCUGUUAUCAUGUUUUUUGUUGUUGGUGUAAUUAUAAUUUAAACCUAUUUCUGAUUCCGACACAUUGACAAACCACAACAAUGGUUAAUAAGAAAUUAUAUUUUCUCAGCAAUGUCAAUUGUGAUAUUUUCAGUUGUUUGUGCUAUUCUAUCUAUUUUGGGGAUUUUAACACAUAUUUUGAAAGGGGUAAAUACAAUAUCAAAGCUGUAAUUGUGAUUAUUUAGGCAAAGAGCUUGUUUUUCCUCCCUUUUAGCUGGCACAAGUCUACACAAGGUGGUGUAAAGAAUGACUUAACUAGUUAUGAAUGGGAAGGAAGUUAUUUCCAUUUGUGUGGACAUCUAACUUCAAGUAAUGUAAUCUCUCACAAAUGUUAUUAAUGUUACUACAACUGGUUUUACUUUAAGGUACUUUAAGUUAUAUGUAUUUACAUGGGUCAUUUGCACACUAGGGUCAAUUCUGAAGUAUUCCCAUCUCAACAGUGUUGGUAACAAAGAGGCUAAGGAGUAAGAUUGUGUCCAAUAGCAACUCUAUGGAUCACUCUAAGGGCAAAUUCUAACUUGCACUUGAAAGGAUACUUUGGGAUUUUGGCAAUGAAACCCAUUAUCUACUUAAGAUGAACUCACGGAUACCACUUUUAUGAAUCUGCAUCCAGUAUGAAGGCAGUUAGAGGUAGUUUCACGAUCCAAUGCUAACUAGCUUAGCGCAAUGACUAGAAGUCUAUGGGAUCUACUAGCAUGCUAGCAGUUACCAUGGACUAACACUAGUUAGCAAUUGUGCUAACUAUAGUUAACAACUUCUUUUAAACUGCUCACAGAGAAAAUGGUAUCCACAAGUUCAUCUGACUCUGGGGAAGUAGAUAAAGGGCUUCAUUGCCAAAAUCUUGAAGUAUCCCUUUAAGUAACAUUUUCACUUUGAUGCAUUGAUGUCAAUGGGAGACUUAGUGGAAAUUGGACUGAAGUGGAGGUUAGUAUUUGCCCCUAAAAGAGCCCAAAGACCUCUCAGCCAUUAGUUUGUCUUUUUUAGUUGUUGUUACAAAAUACCCUCUCAUAACCAAUAAGUAUUAAUUGUUUGGUUGUGUUGAACUGGUACAUGUAAAUGUACUGGAAUGUACAUGCAAAUGUACUUUGACUGGAAAUGCAAAUGUUUUACAUAUAUUGUCUCCCAAUAGAGCACAUAUACAUACAGUCCAUUAAUAUAUUAUAAUUUAGUGUUGUAUACCGGGUUAAAUAAUCAGGGCCGAGUUUGGAUUGAUUUGAAAUCAGGCAUAUAUUUGUCUCCUCUGUGACCUUGUCACCAAUGACACACUCAGGAGCUACAACAAUACUUCCUGUAACCUUUCUAUGUAACACAACAUCCACUUAGUCUGACUCUAUAGAGAAAACAUCUACUACAGACGUUUGCUCAAUGCUCAAUUUGUUUUUGUAUAACAGGAAAGCACACAAUGCUCUGUGAAAUCAAUAUGCAAGAAUUUUGCAGCUUUCUUCUGUGCAAUGCCAUCAACCCUUUGGCCCAGUUUAUAAACUGCACAGCAGUUGCUCUUCCUUGUGAUCAUUUUUUAAACUCUAUUAAAAUAUCUGGACCCAUAUUCACAAAGUGUCUCAGAGUAAGAGUGCUGAUCUGGGAUAUUUUUUGUAUUUUAGAUCAUAAUGAAUACAAUGGCAUGGACAGGGGGGGUCUGAUCCGAAAUGAUUCGUUCCUGUGUUGUUUUUAACGUUACAUCUAUCAGGCAGUGCACUUGUGGAGCUCAUGAACAACAAAUCAUUUACAAUGAGAAACCCCAAUCGAGUGGUUCACUGUGGCUAAAAGGAUGAUUGUAAGGGACUGAUGUAUAAAAACAAAUCCUAAUUUAGAGGUCUUAAAGGUAGAUUCAACGUUGUGAAUUCAUCAUCAUACACAGCGGGACAAUUUAUUGCUUUGCUCCCAGAAAUCAACAUCUAAUCUGCCAGGCCUGUUACUAUUGGUUCUUCCUUAAAUGGGCAUGCCUCAGGCGAGGGCCCAGAUUAACAGUCAGUUUUGGCAGUUUUCUGUUGUUGAUGUCUGGAAGCAGGAGGUCACCAUGCCAUGUACGAUGAUAACAUAUAGUGAAGUCUGCCUUCAAUAUUUUAUUCGCAAAUGGGGAGAAAGGGACACAUUUUGAUGUUAAGAAAUAUUUGACAUGUUAAUGGUCCAAACCUGUGGUGCUGCCAUCAGAAUAGGCCAUAUUACAGCAGAUAAUUGGGUGCAUUCAUCACACAUUUAAAAUGUGUGAUGUCUGUGUGAGAGCUGCAUUGAUUUUACACUGAUUAGGAAUAUCACUUUAAUGCAUGUCAUGAUUGGUGCAAAAUACAUCAGCGUAAUGGUUUGCACCCCAAAACUAUUUUUGAAAUAAAUACCACAUGAUUAUUACCCUUGUAAAAGAGGUAUUCAGACCUCCACGGGAUAAAUAAAGGUUGAAUAAGUUUUCUCUGUGGUGAUGGCAUCACACAUUUUUACUGACAAAACGGAUCCCAAUGCCUGUUGAAAGAUAUGGAAAUCUGGGGUUAACCUCCGUCUAGUGACGGAAACUAUAUCAUUAUGUGGACUCAAUGAAUUAAAGGCCAUGCUAAGGGUAGAUUCAAUAAAAGUGUUUUAUUUUUUUUAUUUUUUGCAGUUGUUUCAAAACAUAUGUACAGAAAGCAACAGCUGGGGCUUCUGAGAAGUCCACGGUAUAACCAUCACAGAAACCUAUUUCCAACUAUUGUUUUUGAUUGAGCUUAUAUUGCACCUACCCUUUAGUAUAGUGCUGUUUGUGACGUGACAUUUGUUGAGUAUGCAUUGCAGUUUGGAAUAAUUCCUUUUGGAAUAGGGACUUUGGAAAUAGCAGUGACAAAGUUGUAGACAUUGGCGGCAUACGGAUGUGCUUGUCUCAGUUGUUAUAAAAGGACAUUUCUGUGUUGGUGCAUGACCAAAUCUCAUGAUCAAAUGAAUUUGAAUUUCUGAUGACACACACAUUCCCUCUACUCCAAUACAGUACAGUCAAGUCAUUCACCCGGCAUAGGUCACAGUAAUCCCUUAAUUCUGGUUGAUUCCAAAGUGAAGAGAAAAUUACAUUCUAUUUGACUCCCUGUAAUGUAAGAUUGUUGAUUCAUAUGUAUUUUCUUUAUGAAGAUUGUGUGUUCAUAUUUAAGACUGACAAUAAUAAAAAAAACAUGUAUCUUAAA